CUGGCCGUUAACUCUUCCGCCUCCUCUUCGGCUAGUGUACGCCCGCCUACGUCGUUCGAUCUCUCCGCCCUCGCUUCCAGCCCUCCGCCGCCGCCACCACCGCCGCUGCGGACUCGAUUUAAACCCACUCGGCUGCUGGCCACGACUUCCAUGGCUCUGACGGACUUGUAUCUCAAGGAAUCGAGAACCUCCUAUUUCCUUGUGAUCUGUUUCCUCUUGGUCUUCAUCUGAUCGCCAUCCCUUUGUUCGAGAUAUUUUCCCCCUUUUUUUCGUCCAGGUUCUUUUGUUUGAGGAUGCCGUGCGUUAGGCCCGAUCCGGCGGACAAAGACGCUGAGCCGUUCGUGGAGAUCGAUCCCACUGGGCGGUACGGGAGGUACGACGAUUUGCUGGGCGCUGGUGCUGUGAAGCGGGUGUACCGUGGAUUCGACCAGGAGGAGGGCAUCGAAGUGGCGUGGAACCAGGUGAAGCUCAGGAUCUUCAGGGAGGACCAGCCGAUGAUGGAUCGGCUGUUUGCCGAGGUGCGGCUUCUGCGGUCGCUGCGGCACGAGAACAUCAUCACGCUGUACAGCGUGUGGACGGACGACGAGGGCAACACGCUCAAUUUCAUCACUGAGGUCUGCACCUCCGGCGACCUCCGCGAGUACCGGAAGAAGCAUCGCCAGGUUUCGAUCAAGGCUCUCAAGAAGUGGUCGCGGCAGAUACUGAUGGGCCUCGAGUAUCUGCACAACCAUGAGCCCUGCAUCAUUCACCGCGAUCUCAACUGCUCCAACGUCUUCAUCAAUGGCAACGUCGGCCAGGUGAAGAUAGGGGACCUUGGGCUAGCAGCGAUCGUCGGGAAGAGCCACGCAGCACACUCCAUUCUCGGCACGCCGGAGUUUAUGGCGCCGGAGCUGUACGACGAGGACUACACGGAGCAGGUAGACAUCUACUCGUUCGGGAUGUGCGUGCUGGAGUUGGUGACGCGCGAGAUCCCCUAUAGCGAGUGCGACAGCGUCGCCAAGAUCUACCGGAAGGUGACCGCCGGGGUGCGGCCGGCCGCCAUGGACAAGGUCAAGGACCCCGAAGUCCGGGCCUUCAUCGAGCGCUGCCUUGCCAAACCGCGCGCUCGCCCUUCCACCUCCGAACUCCUCAGGGACCCGUUCUUCCUCGGCCUGGACGACGACUGCUACAACGCUGCCCUGCAUGAACCACCUCUACCUCAGCCCCGCCCCCGGCCGGCGACAGACGCCGUCGCAAUCUCCUCCCGCCGUAUUGCAUGAAUGGAUAUCAACCAUAAUAAACAAGUCUGGCCAACUGUACAUAUAGUUUGGUUUGAUGGAGGUGUCAACUGGUGAAUGCGUGUUUACUUGCUCUUUUUUUUUGGUUGGUUUUCGUUGACUUAGUUAAGCUUGUUGUUUCGAAUUUAUUUGAUUUGUUUAAUUCUUGUUUUUUUCCUUUGUCUUCUUCCUUUAAGUAACCAUGUACAUGUUCUAGACGUAGUUUACUUGGGUGGAUGAACCGUUAACGUGCCUUAGCCUUUAUUUUCUA